CAGAGAUAUGGGCCCCCAGUUCAGACCCGGCUCGGACGCAACUGGUCUCUCGUGUGUGGCUCUGCAACACCCACCGAGCAUCGGCUGUCAGAUGCUCUCUCUUUCUCUCUCUCUGUGUCACUUCGGCGCUUCCCCUUUAAACCUCGCCUAAUUUGCUUCAUUUCUUCCUCAACUUUAUCUAAACCUCACACCUCUCGCACCGUUCUCUCUUUCUCUCAACUAGUUUAGCGGUGGCUUUGGUUCCCUGCCCUCAAAUGCUUGCUGUGCUCAAGUCUUGACUAUCAUCUUUGUCGGUGGAGGAUGUUUCUUUUAGCAGAACUAAUACUACCCAGAUACCCAGAACUUCAGAAGGGUUUCUUUCUUAUGCUUAGUUUGAAUAGUUGUCAUUGUGAUUUCUGAGGAGACCCUGGGAGAAAGUUGUUCAUAACGAAUUGGAGAUAGUGGGGAGUUCUGUAUUAUCAUGUCUGAUUGCGUGGUUCGAUCAUAUCCGGAGAGUGAAGGAACAAAUGAGCAAACUUGUGAAUCUGUUUGGAUGGCUCAUUGGAUGUGCCCAAGCUGCAAUUCAGAGACCAAGGCGUGUGGUCAUGUAUCAAUUCAUUAUGAGGAAGCCCAGAAACACAAUGAUGGUGUUCAGAAGCAUCCGUUGUUUCGAGGAUUUGGAGAAGUAGCUGAACCUAAAAGAGUGAGGAAAAACAAUGAGGGUGUCACUCUGAUAGAGAGUUCGAAGAAAUUAAGGAAGGAGAGAUUGGAAGGCCAGUCCUUUCCAAUGUUCAAUGUUCCUCAGAAAACUAGUUUGGCUAAACAGAAUCAGCAAGAUUCGACUGUCAAUAGGAGAUUACUAAGUGAGAGUGACUCAUCUGCAAUGCUGCGAUGGGCGCCUGCUGAUGCGCGGCCUCUGGAAGCUAUCCCACCCCUAAAAGAACAACAGGUGAAAUAUCAUAAUUUUCUUGAGGACAGCAGCCCAGCUGUUUCCAAGUCUUUUCAGGAUGGACCGGUGAGAUUAGAUUCUAAACUUGCACUGCAUCAAUUUAAGUGUGGGAGCACUUCUAUGCCAUUCUUCAUUUGUAGAGACAAGGAAGUUAAUCAAUCCAACUCUCUUUUGGCACCUCAGCAUGUUGCAAACACUAAUAAUUACUCAAGUUCCACAUUUUUGAUUCAUGAGGAGAAUAUCAAUAGCAAGUUGGCGUCUAGAAAAUCAGGAGGUUCAUUUUCAAGGCAGAAUGAUGUGAUGCUGUUGCAACGUGAUCCCUCAACAUCCCGUAAGCAUGUCCAGGAAAUGCAAAGUCAGUCUGGAGUUGGAUUGUUUCCAAGCCAGAGUUCUUCCUCAGAGGUGACCAGACAUGAAAAACCAUAUCUUGGAUUUUAUUCAGCCCCAAUCCUGCAACAUGCUGAUCGUAACACAGAGACCAUGAGAAUAUGUGCUGCUGUUGAUGUUGAGAAAGAAUCUUCUAGAGGUUAUCCCAAGUGUUCUCAGACAACCACUUUUCCAAGAAAGACUGGUUUUAACUUGUCUGAAGGAGGUCACAUGUUUGGAGAGACAACCGUAUCAACAAAAUUGAAAGGAAAAGCUUUUUGUGAGCUCCUUGUUUCUCCAGAGCAUGCUCUCCCUGUUCAGACUGGAUUGAGAUUGCUACCACACAGGAGCUCUACAGACAGUGAAGAGGAAGAUGUAAGAGAUGUUAAGCGUCCUGCAAAUAGUUUGGAUAAUGAAUCAUCAUCUGAAACUGAUACCAUGGACAUGGAUACCUUCCAGUUCCAGGAUAACCUUCCUCUUGGUGUGGCUUCAUCCCCAACGAAUGAGCAUACUGAGGGGGGCCAGAAGUCACCAACAUCUCGAUCUGCUUUUACUUCAGCUAGAGAAGAGGUCAGAGGUGGACCUCCAUUCACCAAAUUACCUGAUAUGAACCAAGAGCUUCCAGAGCUUGCAGCUCUUGCAAGUUUAGUGGAUGAAAGAGAGACAAGCCCUUCAAGAACCCAAAGUUUGGACGUGGAACAUCUCCUUUCCCAUGCUGAGCCCACAAAUUCAAAAUCCAAUGCAAGUCCAGAUGGCCCUCAGGGACUAGAGCCAAGCUGCAGGUGGGUUAAACGCCUCAAGUUGAGUGCUUCUCACUUUGCUUAUGGUACAAAAAGCACAAGUACAAAAAGCACAAAAAUGGGAGAGGCUUCUUCCCAUGAAAAAGUUAACGCACUUUAUAAGAAAAAUAUGAAAUGCAGCGCAACUAAUUCACAGCCUGCUAUGGGCAGAUUUCAUGGUAGAGAACCGAUGUCAUUAGAUGAAACUCCAAUGUUAUUAAGGAAUGGUGAGUUGUCUUCCAGUGAUUCAGCAAGGACAAGUCAAAAUAUAUCACUCUCACAUCCUUGGAUUAGGAGGUGGUCCCACAAAGUAGUUGCACCCCACAAGAAUUCUGAAGCUGCGGCGGUUUCUCGACCUCAAAGUUCGAAGGCAACAUUUGAUCAAUUUCAGAAAAAAAAGUUUCCAAGCAUUGCUGCUAUGGCACUCAUGGGGAAGGCCAUGAAUGGUUUCAAUCCAUGUGAGUUUGCGAAAAAGGGGUCUUUUGUGGUUUGGAAUGCGAAGGGAUUUUGAAUAUUUAAGUUGUGGUGCUUUGGAAAUAAGUGUAAGGUACAUCCACAAACAUGGGAUGAUCAUAAUUAAAGUGAUGGCUGAUAUUGGGUUGACAAGGCUCUGGGCAUCUACAAGAAUCAAUCGGGUAAGCUGAAUGUGGAGUCAUAGUUAUGUAUAUUGCAUCGGUAUGUAUUACUUGUAAUCUUCAUUUGUUUUCUGGAUAGAGUAGGUGUCGGUGGAAUUUAAGAGGACCCGUGCUUACCUCUUGUAUUUAAUUCAAAUAAAUCAGAAAUCGCUCUGCUUCACAUGCUCCUUUUUGGUUUCCUAAACUUAUCUGUAUUGCUUGGAAACCAAAUCUGAAACUACAAAGUGAGUAUAGAGUCAUUUGUAUGCGUGCAUACAUAUAUGUAGAAUAGAUGAUGUUUCUCUGAGAAGGAUGUGUAAUUGAACUGAGAGUUCUGCAAGAAUUAUGUGUCAUGCCACUGAUC